UGAGUGCAAUUUGUUUACCAUCAGUUAGUCAAGUAACAUUAUCAGCUAGUGAAUGGCCGCCAGUUGGAACAAAUGUUAUAGCAGUUGGAUGGGGUAGAUUGAGGGAAAAUGGUUCAUCACCGUCAAUACUUCAGCAAGUUACUGUACAAACAAUAGAUUAUCAAGCAUCAACUUGUACUCCAAUUAUGGUUGAUUGGCAUGUACAAUUUUGUGCUGGUGUGUCAGGUGGUGGCAAAGAUACUUGUCAAGGUGAUUCAGGUGGUCCAUUGAUGAUGUUUAGCUCAAACAAUCAAUGGGUAUUGGUUGGUGUGACAAGUAAUGGUGUUGGAUGUGCACAAGCUGCACAUUCGGCUGUAUGUGGAUGUUCAUUCAAUACAGUAUCCAUGAUUCGUAUCGUAGGUGAAGAAAAUGCUAGCGAGGCAAGUUGGGGAUGGGCUGUUUCAAUCUCUAUAAAUGAGACUUUUCUAUGUGGUGGAUCAAUUUUAUCAAGAUCACGGAUUAUCAUAGCAGCACAUUGUGUAGAAGAUUUCACAGCAUCUCAAUUUAUUAUCUAUGUCGGAUCGAUUCUUCUAUGGUUGAGUACUCAAAAUCGAAGUGUAUCACAGAUAAUUGCUCAUCCUAACUAUGACUCAGUCACUUAUACAAAUGACAUUGCUCUCUUACGACUUGCUUCUCUAUUGGUAAUGAAUGAUCCCAACGUGAGUCUGAUAUGUGUACCAUCAAUUAAUUCAGCAAUAUUAGCAUCUAGUGAAUUUUCAACAAAUGGAAUAACUGUGCAGUGUUGA